AAAUCAAUUGUGAGAAAUAAGACCAUAAACUAUAGAGAUCAGUUAUAAGGGAAGAAAUAUUGUAAAUGAGACUUGUAUGCUUGUUAAUAUAAUAUAACGAUGAUGACUUUUGUUUCAUAGUUUGAGCAGUUUGCCACAGUUACUACCAUUUUCUUGAAGUUUUAAUGUGCAUUCUAGGUUUAUAUAUCUAUUGAUGACAAUUCGAGGAUCUUUAAAUAUGUCAGAUAGAAUAGUGCGAGAUUAAACACGAAAAAGUUUGUUCGUGUAAUGAGCAGUACAUGUGAAAAUUCGUGUCCGUGGAAGGACUACUUAGAAGAUACAAUUAAUAAAUUAACUUCUUAUUUAACGAAUUUUCUUCCAUCGAGUUUUGGCCUAACCUUCGAUUCGACCAACACUGUUAUCUUUGGCAAUGAACCUUUUUUAAGGUUUUCCGAAUUUUUCCAAGAAUUGAUAUCAUUGUUAUCUUUUGAUGAAUUUCAAUUGCAAUUGCUUAAAAUCUUUCUGUUUAUACUUACAAGUACAAUUGCUUUAAUUUGUAUUGCCUGGCACAUAUAUGGUUUGAGAAUAUCUGAACAAUUUAUGAAUCCAAGUGGCCUACCCGGAUAUUACGGAAAAUCUUCAGAAUAAUUAUUAACUAUUACUACUUCUAAGUUUUAUUAUUGAAAUUAUUAAACGAUUAAUAUAUAUUUUUAAU